ACCGACUAAAGUUUCCGCUCACUUGUGAACGCGGAGUACCGUCCUCUUAAAGAGACAGGCCGGAUCUCGGCCCGUCUACUGCGGCGGGAACGAUGCGUAUCCCUUUAAAACCCGCGUGGCCGUCUGUAGUGGCGAACGUGGGGUAUGGGAGUCCGUUUGCCGUCCGGGGCUUCAGCAUACCCAUACCCCUCCGUCGGACUUUGGAUCUCGGGCCCCGGGGUGGGUAGGCAGUUCCGCCGUCCGCGGUGGCAAUUGGCUGCGCUCUUCUCCGCUGUCUACAGCUGCUUCCUAUUGCGCCGCUCAUCGUGGCCCAAACACACACACACACACACACACACACACACACACAAACAAACACACACAAACGCAAGCCGUCUUUCACAGGCAAACACGCACAUUAUGGGGCGUCAGUGCGCGCGAUGCUGCUGGAGCCCAAAGUCCUCCGGUCCGUGGUGAAUGUCUCUUAUCGGCAUGUUUGAAGAUUAACGAGGUUAUCCGUGUCCUGUAGACCGCGAGCCAGCGCCAGCUGCAACCCUCCGGGCCAGGAAGCCGACAGAGCAGGCGGACGGCGUGUCGAGUGCGGGCUGGGCGGAAGGAAGCCACCGCUGUAGCUGCACCGGGCGACGGCAGAGGACGGUAACAUGACCGAGAAACGGAUAUCGCGCUGGUAUUUCGGAGGGCUGGCGUCCUGCGGCGCCGCCUGCUGCACGCAUCCUCUGGAUCUCCUCAAGGUACACCUGCAGACGCAGCAGGAGGUGAAGAAGAGGAUGAUGGGGAUGGCCGUUUAUGUGGUGAAGAAUGACGGGGUGCUGGCUCUUUACAGUGGCCUCUCUGCCUCCCUGUGUAGACAGAUGUCCUAUUCACUCACCAGAUUUGCCAUUUAUGAGACAGUGAGGGACAUGAUUGGCAGCACAAGCCAGGGUCCCAUGCCCUUCUACCAGAAGGUCCUGCUUGGAGCCUUUGGAGGUUUCACUGGUGGGUUUAUUGGUACGCCGGCAGACAUGGUGAAUGUCAGGAUGCAGAAUGACAUGAAACUGCCACCAGAACUGAGGAGAAACUACAAACAUGCUGUUGAUGGGCUCGUCAGAGUCUUCAGAGAAGAGGGUUUGAGGAAGCUUUUCUCAGGAGCCACCAUGGCCUCCAGCAGAGGAGCGAUGGUCACUGUUGGACAGUUGGCAUGUUAUGACCAGGCCAAGCAGUUCGUGUUGGGAACAGGGAUGAUGGGAGAUAACAUAUUCACACACUUUCUUUCCAGCUUCAUUGCUGGAGGCUGUGCUACAUUCUUGUGUCAACCUCUGGAUGUACUAAAGACGAGACUGAUGAACUCAAAGGGAGAGUACACAGGGGUUACUCAUUGCUUACGAGAAACUGCCAAACUGGGUCCACUGGCAUUUUACAAGGGUCUCGUCCCAGCAGGGAUUCGCUUGAUUCCCCAUACGGUACUCACCUUCAUAUUCCUUGAGCAGCUCAAGAAAAACUUUGGCAUUCGCAUCAUCUCCUAAGCAAGCUCUGCGACUCAUCAGCCGCCCCCCCCCUAGUGUUCACUAGACCCCAUCAUCGCUCCUUUUGUUAUACCUCUGUCUCACGGCUAGACACUAAAUCAUUUUGAUUAUCAACAGUGCUAACUGCUGGAAGGGAUGAACACUGGAAUAACAGAUGAUUCACUCUGCUAAAAAAAGAAGUUACUAAAUAUAAAGGUGCUGUCAAGGUGUUAUCAGAAUGACUGUCUGAAUUUAGAGAGAAGAUUAACAUUACCUGUAGCAGAUAUUUAAUGUAGUUGUCCAUUAUACAGUACAGUACAGUUAGUUAAAUGACCAGAUGAGACAUUGUGUUCAUUGUGAGUUAAGGAGACAACGGCUAUUCAUGGACCUCAAUGACGACAGACUAAUUCCUGAUCAGAUUUUGUGAUUUGUGUUUUAAUCUCAGCACUCAGUACUUAAAACCCCAUCCACCAGUGGUGUACAGCGCCUCCAGAGUCCACACUAGUAUAAUAACAACUGUGGCUUAAAAACUUUGUGCUAGGAAUGUGUAUCCUUUAGUCCUCUACAACACUUGAUUAUUUUUAUAUUAGGCCAAGACAUUGUUUGUGAUUUAGGAGAAGUCUAAAAUGUACUUCUCAAGCUGUAAACCGAUACAGCAUAGCCUUGUCAUCAGUGCCAUUCUUACCAAUCUGUAAUAAUUCUCAAAAGCCAUUACUAAAAUAUGACUUAACAAGCUCUUAUGUAAUGAAAUAGUAAUCAUUCCCAAUCGUGGCGACCAAAUGUGAUGCACCCUGAAUUUUACAGUUUUACAGAUUUAUUUGUUUGCCUUCUUAUCACCUAAUUAUAAUUUUUGAAGUGCAAAUCCUCCCCGAACAAGUUCAAAUUUCAUUAACUUUUACCUGAUAACCUGAUUCUCCUUUAAUUCAUUCCACUCCUGUCAUAAAUUCAUUCUUAAAUCUUUCGGAGAAGAGGACCAAGCUUGUUUGUCUUGUGUUUUUAAGUAAGGAGGGAGUUAGUGGGGAAGCUGUGAAGCAGAGAGAGCAGACUGUUGAAGGUACAUUUGACGGUGGCUCUUUCAGUUUUCCAAUCCCAGUGAAAUUGUAAAUGACCACUUGAUCUCUUACUCUUAAGUUCUUACUGUAUGAAUAGAGAUGCCUGAAGAGAACUGCUGUACAGUACAAGUGUACAUGUAGCAUUUUCAUCUAUAAUGUUACUGUUUCAUUUAGCUGAAUGCAUGUCAGACUUCAUGACUCAGAGUGCUACUCUGUUUUAUAAGGCACUUUACUGAAAAUCCCUGGACUCCUACUGACUAGCCUGCUGCAUAGAGACACAAGAUGUACAUUAAAACAUGUUAUAAAACUAAAAAUGGAAAUAUUUUCAUUUGGUUCAGUGAGGUUAAGCAUCCUCUCUGCUGUGCCUGCUCUGUUUACAGAGACCAUGUCAAGUAAUGUUGCCUUACAGUAUCUGUACUGCAGGGGGCAGUAUAGUAAUGCGUGAAGUGUCUUCUCUUAUGAAUCCCAAUAAGGCUUGCACCUUCAAAAAAGUCACAGUACCACUUAAUGAGUCUGUUGGCCUGCAUGUUCUUAUGUGCAAGAGUACAUUGACAAUGUGAGGUGCUGUUCUAUAGAUCAGCCAUAAUAUUGGUAAUGUUAUCCUCGACUUUAUUCAUACGCACAGAAAGGAAACUGGAGGGAACCACAGUUCUGGGUGUUGUGAAUUUCUAUUUUGUAGAUCAUUAACUAAGAAUUUUGGAAUUAAAAUGCUA